GGUCAUGGGAGUGAAGGAGUCUGGGUGACAGGAAGCAAGCGGCCUGUCAUGCUUAUUGCCUAGCUGCCAGAUUAACCUUGUCUUGGAAAUAACGUGAUUGCCCCGUAGGCUAUUCAGUGUAAGGAAGACAGAAUUCCUUGGGAACCUACCUAGUGGGUUUACCUUCCACAUUUGGUAGAGGCAAAAAGCAAAGGGGAACAUGGGCAAAGGAAGGUUUGAUGAAAAAGAAAAUGUGUCCAACUGCAUCCAGCUGAAAACAUCUGUUAUUAAGGGUAUUAAGAACCAGUUGAUAGAGCAAUUUCCAGGUAUUGAACCAUGGCUUAAUCAAAUCAUGCCUAAGAAAGAUCCUGUCAAAAUAGUCCGAUGCCAUGAACAUAUAGAAAUCCUUACAGUAAACGGAGAAUUACUAUUUUUUAGACAAAGAGAAGGACCUUUUUAUCCAACCCUAAGGUUACUUCACAAAUAUCCUUUUAUUCUGCCACACCAGCAGGUUGAUAAAGGAGCCAUCAAAUUUGUGCUCAGUGGAGCAAAUAUCAUGUGUCCAGGCUUAACUUCUCCUGGAGCUAAGCUUUACCCUGCUGCAGUAGAUACCAUUGUUGCAAUCAUGGCAGAAGGAAAACAGCAUGCUCUAUGUGUUGGAGUCAUGAAGAUGUCUGCAGAAGAUAUCGAGAAAGUCAACAAAGGAAUUGGCAUUGAAAGCUCUUCAAGAAACUCAAAAUGAUUCCAAUAUCUAAAGGAGUAUCCACUAAAACAGAUUUGUAAUGAAAGAAAAGCAGUGAAAAUGUAUGCAUCCUAUGUCAAUAUAACCAUCACAUCUGAGGUCUCAAGCAAUUAGAAACUUACUCAAGUUAUUCAAUAACUAUAAGAAUUAGGCAGUUAGAAUAUUUUGGAAGCCCUAUAGAACACUUACGUUUAGUAUGUUACUAGUCGUAUCAAGGCAGUAAAGAUUACACUAAAUAUAAUUGUACUCUUAAUAUCAGUCUUAAAGCAGCAGUUCCUAAAGAAACCAUACCUGUCAACAUGGAGGCUGAUGCAUGUAAAUGUAUUCUAUUUUUUGUAUGUAUUUUAUACUUUGUAUGUAUACUUUUAAUGGCAGGUAAAAUAAUGAGUUGAAGGACCAACAAUAACAUCAAUUUGUUCAAUAUUGAUUAAAACCAAUUAAGUAUGAGUAAAGGACCACAAGGCCAUCAGAUCAGGGGUGAAUGAACAGAUUUGAAGCCAGUUUUUAAAUCAAUGUUGAGAUUAUAAUGCAGGUUUCUUUGUUUAAGAGGCUAGCCUUUUAGAGAAUAUAAUUUAUUCAUGGAAAAAAAUAAGAAGGAUGAAUGGAAUUUUUUCUAAUAAUAUCAUGUUUACUAAGAAUAGGUCACGAGGAGGAAAAGUUAAAGAAAAACUCAUUAGUACAAUUAAUAUUUGCCUCUUGAAGUGAAAAUUAAAGAAUUCCAAAUUUUAUCCUUGAAGACUUUGAGAAAUGAGAGAUGCAUUAGUAAAGUAGUUUAUACUUAAAAUCCUAGUUGUAACAAAGAAUGGCAUGCCUCAUUAUUAAUGUUCAUUUCUAAUUAGAUGGAUUGUUUUGGCAAUUUGUGAAAUAUUCCAAACAGAACUGAUGUUUCAAAUGACUAAAAUUUAGACUUGGAUUAGAGGAACGAAGUAAAAGAUGGGUAACCAUUAAAAGUAGUUAAUUAAAAAUUGGGCUGUGGGCAUCAGUCUUAUGUGGAAGAUUGUAAUUCAACAGGCUAUGAUUUCCAAAAUAUAGCAAACUUCUUCAUGUCCUCAUAUACCAAAUUGGUUCAUCUCUUAGGCAAAAACAGAAAAUUUAAAAAAUCAAAUUUACCAAACCACUCAAACCUUUUUAAAAUCACAUUCUAAAAAUAGGAGAAACCCCAUAAUUUAUAUAUCAUAAUUUUUAUUACUUUUGUUUAUUCCCCAAUUUUUCAAAUACUUUAAUUUCAGCCAGUAUGUGAACAUGGAAGACUUAAAGAGCAUAAUGAAUUACUUGACUUCCUUCAAGUUUAUUGUAAAUGUUCUCAAAACUCUGCCAAGAAUAUAAAGAUUUGAAAGAUAACCAAGAUUUAUUUUUUCUUAUUUUAAUUUUUAAUCACAAGACUUGAUUGUCAAUGAUACUUAUUAACUAUCAUGUAAUCUCCGAUGGUAAAACAAGUGAUUUCUUCUGAGUUUUUACAAGCAUGUAAGCAAAAGACUUGGUUUUCAUCAAUAAAUCAUUGGUUGUAACUAAGCACUUGUUUGGAGAAAGUGUCAUUUCUCCAAACAUGUGUCUUGAAAACAAAUCCAGUUCUUUUUUUGCCUCAGGGGAAGCCAUGUUGGGGAGUCUUCAGAGAUCUGGCAACCCAGUUUUAUUCUUACCAACCUCUGUUUUGAAAGGGAAUGCCUUCUGUCUUUGUCCCCAAAAUCUUUGGUUGUCCUACACUGAUGCCUGAUGGAGCCCUGAGGCAUAUAAACAAGUAAGAUGCUUUUCAUGAUGAAACUGCAUGUUGUUCUGACACUGUCUAUUAAUAGUCCUGAAUGAGCUUAAAUUUGAGGCACCUUUUUUUUUUAAUUAUUUUUUACUGUGCUUGGGUGGCACCCAGGGCAUAAUGCAUGCUCUGCAUGCACUAGACUACUGAACAAUACCCCUCAGCCUUGAGGCAACUUUGGAAAAUAUCAGGUACUUUUCAUUUUGCUUCCCUUGAAAUGUUUAUUUCUGCAUAUUGAUAUUUUAACUAAGUUUUAAUUUCUCAUUAUCUGAAAGAUUUUGCAUGUACUUUAGUCUGAAUAUAGUAUUUAUCAAUGCGAAUGCUGCUCCAUUCAAAAUUCAUUUUUGAAGCCAGAAUUCACUCUUAUUUGUCUGACUGGUCAGGGUGGGGGAGAGUCUUUUUUGUACUUUAGGCUCCGGACUACUUUCUUAGAGAGUUGACUUAUACAAGGUUAAGGAGAUGUAUGCUUUUGUAUGACUUAAGUUCUUUAUAAAGUUUGCUGCUAUAAGCAUUUUGGAUUUAAGAAAGUUCAACUUGAAAUAUAUUUGAAUAUAGGAUAGAAAUAGCUUUACUUAAUGGGAUAAUAGCUAUUUUGAACCCAUUAAGAUCUCCUCAAUAGCUUUCAAAAAGCACAUGACUAAAAAAUUUUUCACUGGCAUUGCUUUAUUGUUUUAAAAAUAGUAGGGACUGAAAUGUUAUUUAAAACUUGGAUGCUUAUACUGCACUAUUUCAUGUUGUGUUUCAGAAGGUUAAAAUUCUAUAUUUUGUAAAAUGUCUGGAAAGGAGUCCAAAAAGUAAUCUUGCUUUCUUGUUCCUGAAUGCAAAGGUCUGAGAGGAGACACAUGAUCUUCUUAUUAGCCUCAGGGUGUUGUCAAACACAGUUCUCCCUCAUGUACCAAAUGCCCAGUUGCAUUUAUUGGGAUGCAGGAGUCUCACUCAAGCAGUUUUUUUUCCCAAACAUGAAGAGAAACUUCUUGGUUAAAGUGUGGGGAGAUAGAAACCAUAUUGAUUUGGGCAUUUUGGCUCCAGUAAUAUCUACUGUGAAAGGUGGAUGCUCUAAGCUAAUUUCCUUUAAAAAGCAGUUCAUAAAUUUCUCCAAAUAUUUAUAAAAAAGCUGUUUUAUCACACAGCACAGAUUAAAUGUACAGAUGUUAUCUUAAAACUAUUAAGGUGUUUCCCUAUGAAUUUGAAUAUUCACUACCAGCUGUUACUCACAUCAGUAUUAAUAUUUUACCAUCAAGAGAUUUCAUACAAAGGUCUGAUAUUUAAUUCUUUAAAGGGAAAUAACAUUCCCUGAGUGCCUACUAUGUGUUCAAGUUCUAUUUACAUAUUUUGCUUAAUCUUUAUGAUGCUUCCAUGAGGUAGACUAUAAUUUUCAUUUUACAAAUGAGGAAACUAAGCCAGGCAUGGUGAUGCAUGCCUGUUACCCCAGAGACUUAGGAGGCUGAGGCAGGUGUAUCACAAGUUGAAACGAGCCUCAAAAUAAGAUGGUACUGGGGAUAUAGCUCAGUGGUAAACUGUCCCUGGAUCCAAUUCCCAGUUACAAUAAGCACACAGCAAACAAAAAGAAGAAGAAACAACUAAGGCUCAGAGAAGUUAGCUAAUAAAUAACAGGUUUGGAAUCUGAACUUAGGUCCACCUGAGUGCAAAGCCUGUCUUGCAGAAAUCUCUUCUUUUGUAUAUUAUAAAGUGUUAAUCUCGACCAACAGUUAAAUCUCCAUCUUUAUGGAUUACUGGAGAGAUGUGUGUGAAUUGGCAAGCCUCUGUUCCAAAUUGGGGAAAAUAUGGAUAGGAUUUGAACGAGAUGCGUGGGAUGCACGCAGGUCGUGGAAUGCACAGUCUUGUGCUGCUGAGGCAAUGUUUUUCUGUUCCCUCUUCAACAAUAGGGCAUACUAGAAGAAUCUUUAGAAGUUGAACAGUCCUCAGGUCUUAACUUUUCCUAUUAUUCACCUUUGAGCCAGGUGAUUUGUGACUUUUUAAAGGUUAAAAGCCUUUGCUUGAUCUAUAAAACACAAAGAGGAGGGCUAGUUAAGAAGUGGGGUAACGAGUCUAUACAAUAUACAGUGUAAUACGCAAGGACAGGACUUGGCGUUGCUUUGAAGAUAGUUGUGGGGAGGUAAGUGAAUAGUAAAAUUAAUGAGAGGAGCAGUUUUGGUUCAGUUAUAAUUCAAGGUAAAAAAGUUGAGAGGUCUAUAUUUUGUUCCAAAGUACAAUGAUUUAAUUUUGAGAAGGAAGAGCCAGUGAUUGCACUCUUUCAAGGAGAUGGCCUGGGGCCUGCUUAAUCAGGUUGCAGUUUCCAUUACAUUCAAGAAAAUCAGAAAAAUAAAUACAACUUGUAGAAGAAAAAUUUGUUUUUUCCCAUUCACAUUUAACCCUUGGAGGGGGGAGGCAGUUCUCACAUUUUUGGAAUUGUUUAGAACUGGUGUGCAACAUGGUAGCCACCAGCUAUAUACGGCUACUGAGCACUUGGAAUGUGACUAGUCUGAAUUGAGAUGUUGUGUAACUGUUAAAUUCAAACUGGAUUUUAAA